AUGGUCGCCUUCUCGUCUCUCCUUGCUGCCGCCUCGGCGGCUGCCGUGGCCCUCGCCCUCCCUGGCGAGAUGCCCGGCGUUGAGAAGCGUCAGACUCUCACCAACAGCGCCACAGGAACGCACAACGGCUACUACUUCUCCUUCUGGACUGAUGGUACUGGCAACGUUCGGUAUACCAACGAGGCCGGUGGUCAGUACAGCGCCACUUGGUCCGGCAACAGGGGCAACUGGGUUGGUGGUAAGGGAUGGAACCCGGGCACGGCCAGAACCAUCAACUACACAGGCACCUACCAACCAAACGGCAACUCAUACCUCGCCGUGUACGGCUGGACGCGCAACCCGCUCGUCGAGUACUACGUCGUCGAAAACUUCGGCACGUACGACCCGUCGACGGGGGCCACGCCCAUGGGCAGCAUUGUCAGCGACGGCGCGACUUACAAUCUGUUCCGCACCCGCCGCACCCAGGCGCCCUCCAUCGAGGGUACCCGCGACUUUGACCAGUACUGGUCUGUCCGUACAUCGAAGCGUGUCGGUGGUACGGUGACCAUGGCCAACCACUUUGAUGCUUGGACCAGGGCUGGCCUGCGGUUGGGAACCCAUGAUUAUCAGAUCGUGGCUACUGAGGGGUACUUUUCUAGCGGCUCGGCGACUAUCAAUGUUGGUGGCUCAACGUCCGGUGGUGGUGGUGGUGGCGGCGGCGGUGGUGGUACCCCUGGUGGUGGUACUGGUGGUGGUGGUGGUGGUACCAACUGCGCCGCCAAAUGGGGUCAGUGUGGCGGCCAGGGCUGGAACGGCCCUACGUGCUGCCAGUCUGGCUCGACUUGUCAAGCUGCCAACCAGUGGUACUCUCAAUGCCUGUAG